AUGAUAAUGACAGAAUACCAGCUGUUUCAAAUCCUGGACCUCUGGGCACAAGGCAAGAAUAGUGAACAAAGCAUGAUUGCAAGAGAGCUAUCUAAGCACAUUUGCUUGGAAAAAAUUCACCCAGAAGCCUUAGCAACAACAAUCACCAGCUCAGGUUUGGUCACAUCGGAGCAGCUGUUGGAAGCGUAUAAGCAGCAGGCCCUAGAAAUGAGCAAGGUGUCCCCAUCUUCAACCUUCGACCACGCUCGAUGUUCAUGGCUGGAGGUGUUGACUCCAAAUUGCGGAGAACCAACUGCAAUCAAAUUGGAAGGAGCCGGCUCUGAAGCUGUCAAUGGUGUCUAUACUUGGUAUGGGUCAUUUGAGGGCAAAAGCAAGUACAGCAAGGAAGGGGUGUACAAAGGGAACCCUUGUGUAUUCUGGCUGUUUUCCUCUGAUCUUUUUUGGUAUGUAUCAAUCCCUGAUGAGAGUCUUCCAGGAAGUACUGCAGACAUGGACUUCUAUCUUAGCGCGAGAGCACAUCAGGAAAAUGAAGAGUUUCCUGCACCAACCACAGAGUGGGAAAUAGGGGAUCACGGAACAGAACCAGCUCCCAAACUCAAAUACAACACCCCCAGGUAA